GGAAUGUCCCCACGGUCGUCCAGCCGCCUGACCAUGCGUUUCUUGGAUGCAUGAGAGGCCGGGCAUAAAGUGCAACCCUGUCCAAUGAUUAUGCAGGGGAGAGGUGAUAAUGACUUCCUAUCAAGAGUUAACGGCCGAAGGGGAGCGUAGCCCUCUGUUCACGGGCUGCUGCCGAGCAAAAGAGGUCAUAAACCGGGACCUGGACUGCAGGACUCAUCCUGAACUCGGCAGUCGUGAUGAGGAAGGGAAACUGGAGGUGGAAGUCGCCUCAGGAUUUAAUUCUCCGCAUCCCCGGUACUUAACUCUCUCCAACAGUUUGGCUCUGGGUAUCUCUUUGGACAGCCCUCCUCCACCGUGUGAGACUCUCGAGGGCUUCUCGACACCGGCCUGCCCCCACUCGUCCCGUGUCCCCUGGCGGUGCAGGGCGCAGGGGCAGGGCUCUCCAGGACGCGGAUUCUGCGCGUCAAAUAACAACGAAACGCUACGAUCCGGCGUUGGGUCACUUACAGAGCAAAUUCAUAUCUACUCUCGAAAUGGCCCCGAGAUUCACGCCGCCACGGGGAUUUCCGCUGGCUCGGACUGUAACGUAGCUUAUAUGGAUGUAAGCAGAAAAACUUUUGAGUGGAUGAGAGUGAAGAGGAGUCAGCACCGGCCGGCCAGGAUGCACAUGACCUGUGGGUUCAGUAUUGUUGGCUCGGGCCUCGGUGCUGUAGAGGCUGGGAGCAGCAGCAUCUGCACGGAUGGCCAUCCCACGGUGAACGGGGCCCCAAGGAUCAGCUUCAGCACAAAGCAGCUGACCGAGCUGGAGAAGGAGUUCCACUUCAACAAGUACCUGACGCGGGCCAGGCGGGUGGAGGUGGCCAGCGCCCUGCAGCUCAGCGAGACGCAGGUGAAAGUUUGGUUUCAGAACAGACGCAUGAAGCAGAAGAAAUUACAGAGAGACGGGCUGCUCUGCGACCCGCUUCCCGCGGCACUGCACUCACAUGCCGACACUUUGGACACCUGCCCCUCUCCUUGACCGACCUCGCCAAAACACCUGCCCCUGAACUCCUGAACCGCAGGAGCUGCAUCACGCGUUACACAUGCAAGGGCGCCUGCCUGCAGAUGUUUUGAUUCCCGUUUGCAUCGGUUUCAAUUAGGCUUCACCUUUAUUUGCUUACCACGAUGGAUGCUUAUCGCAAGAAGCGCAAUGGCAAGUUUCGUCAUGCAAGAACGGGUCAAAACAAUUUGUCAUCCUCUCCCGGGUUCAGACUGGCGCUCUGAUUUGAAUAUUAAAAUUCAAGUCAUUGCAUCGCGCUUCAUAUCUAUACACAGUGUAAAUAAGGAAACAAAAUUAUAUUAAUUGUCCAUAGAAACUGUGGCAGACUAUUUGUUUAUUUAUUUUGUACAAUUUAUCCAGGAACUGACUUUACUUAAAUAGUUAUUCAACAGGACACGUGCCUCCUAGUUUUGUUUAAAAUAGUUAUUUGUUAUUUAUUAAAAGUCUACAUUUGAAAUUGUUUAUUCUAGUGACAGAAAUAAAAUACAUUAUUAGUAGCCUAAGUUUGACUAAUUAUUCUAACAGAUUAUAAUACUGCUUUCUCAACCAGUUCAAGAUGCAGCAUUGUGGGGAUUUCUUUUUAUAUUUCUUUAAAAAGCUGAAGAUGCACCUGUUGUAGACAAAUCACAUCUUUAACAUGUUAGCAGAUAAUAGCAGAGUUUUAAUGCUGCUUUAAUGUUGUGUAUUUUGUCCGGUUUUAAGGUGUUCAUCCACGGAUUAAAAUGCCAUAAUUGACUGAUAGAUUUAUUGACCGCUCGCAUUACGAGUAUUGAUCCGUGGUGAUCCAUCUAUUUGAGGCACAAAUCUAGGAGCAUUUGCGUGCGUCUGUAACUGCAUGUUAAUGGAAUGUGGAAACAUCACGAUUGGGAGUUGUUGCGUCUUUUAUUACCUCUAUAUACAUGCAUCAGAAAAUGACAAUUUGAACACUCAUGCGGGAGAGCAGACAAUAAAACGCUGUCUUGGCUGUUUUGCAGAGCAACCAAUAAAUUGUUUGGACCUAGCAGCUCGAGCUGCUAAAUAUUCCUUCCAGAUUCACAUCUCAUCUCAUAUCAAGUAAAUGAUUGUAAACUCGGCCCUUAAACACUGUUAUGUUCCCGGUAUCGCAAUGCGUUUCUGUCAUGUUAAUGUCUAUUCUAAUAUCAAGAUACGAGGCCAUCGGCCACAUUCAUUCUAUGUAAAGGCAUAUUUUUGUUUAGCUUUAAUUAGCGGUUAUUGCACUGGAUAUGAAGGUUAGUAGAUGCAAAGCGGAUGUUAAUGACAACAAAGGAAUUAAACUUAAAGCAUCUGGGUGUCGCUUAGAAAUAAACAGCGAGAAUCAAAAUUAAUUUGGCUAAGUAGGUGGGUUUUAAACCUUUAACAGGUGUCCUCAUUGGAAUCUGGCUUUUAAAUAAAAUAGCCCACUAAUACGGUUGCACCCGCAGGAGUGGACAUGAAGUAAAUGUAUGCAGUUAAACCGGAGUUCACCUCUCACCUCUUGACCCUUCUUGCCUCGGGACAGCGAUGACCCGGUCAGCGGCUCAGAGAAAGAUGUACCAUUCAUUUGGGUGACCUCGAAGUCUGAGCUCUCUCUCGCUCUCGCUCUCUCUCUCUCGCUCUCUCUCUCUCGCUCUCUCUCUCUCUCUCUCUCUCUCUCUCUCUCUCUCUCUCUCUCUCUCUCUCUCUCUCUUUCUUUGGUUUUAUCUUUUCCCCCCCAACAUCUCGAAAUGCUUUUGUUCUGGUGGUGGGUCUCUAUGUCCACCCAAUAAUAUUUCAUCCAGCUAAAUGGAGGGGCGACUAGGCCAUAUGAUAAUUGUUCAUAUUAUAAUUCCAUACUAGGCCACAUAAAGCCCCCCCGCACCUAGAGCUAACCUAAUUUUUGCCCUAUCUCUUGCGUUAUUUUAAUAAGCCAAAAAAUAUGCUCCUGGCUCACUUUAUAAACUGGAUGAAAGAGUCUUUUCACCCAAUAUGUUUUUGGAUAUAAACUACAGACCUAUUUUUAAUAGCAAAGUUGAAAAAUUAAAGUUACUUGAGCAUACUGAACACUUAAUACGAUUCCACAUCUGAGCCAGUAUAAACAAAAUUUAGAACAACUAUUUAUAACAUGCAGGCUGCUUAUAAAUUUCAUAAAUAUCUGCUUGAAUAAUUUUUGAAUAAUUUACACAUUAAUCCCCUCCAAACAAUAUAUUUUUUAUAAUGUUCAUCUCAUUAAUAUUAAUUGAAAGCUAGAAAAGAAUACAAGUUCAAACCUAAAGGUCUGCAGAGGAGCUUUUGACAGUGCAAACAUUUGAAAGUUUUAUUUGUAAUUGAUACAAAUGCUUUUACAUGGAAGCUAGACUAAAAAUGUGUUGAGCCCAAUUUAUUUGAAAUUUGCAUUUAAACAAAAUACACACCAUUAAGGUCGCCUUCUCUAAACAAAAUAGCACAAAGUGGAUUGUUUAACAAAACCUUCAAAUGUGUCCGUCUUUUUUUUAUGCAAAUAAGGGUGCACUUGUGAAGGUUAUGAGGAUGAUGAUGAGGUCAAUAAUGUUGAAACAAUGUGAAUGUAAAAAUGGUACCUCAUGUCCACUGCUCCUACUGAGAAGUGUGUUAGGUUGACCUUAUUAGAAACUCUUUUAUCAUCUUGUGCAAAUUUGUUCCCUUACCACAGGGCUUCAAGUUACAGGUUGUAAUGUGCACAGAGGAUGCUUGCAGCAGGUAUGAACUCAGACUUUUAAAAAAAAUCCAAACUUACUUCAUCACAGUUUCUACUGUAUAAUAGAUUCACUUAGAAUUGUGCACUAAUUUAAAAUAGUAGAGAAAAAGAAAAAAAACUUAAUGUGAGUUAUAGGGAUAAGGUGAAAAGAAGAGUUGAUUUGUUUUGGGUGAACUAUCACUUUAAUUUCAUUCCGUGGCAGCUUCAGCAUUUGCCUCUCAAUUGAUGAAAGGCGAACCCCAUUGUUUGUUCAGACCUGACAUUUAGUUUGAAAGCAUUUGAGUGUGACUCUACUCUGAUGAAUUUGUGCUCUACUGUAAUUCCUUCCUGGAGAUGUACGAUUGGUUCACGAGACUGACAGCUGUGCUUCGUUUAUACACGAGCAAACACAUGGUAAAUGGAAAUAAAACAAAAAACCCAAAUAACUCAGCUGAAAAUGUAUUACUGCCACAGGUUGUAACAGUGAUGACAUUAAACAAGUUGGGAUUUCCUUCCCCUUUAUUUGUCUUUUCCCUUCCUGUACAGCAAUAAUUUCUCUAUUGAAAUUCAUUCCAAAAUCUACUUUAUUUAACUCAUUUAUCUAAAUCAAUAAGAAACAUAUUCAUAAUGAAGUAUAAUAGAUUACUUGUGCAUUACUAAUGUAAUGCAAAUACCUACAUUAUUUGUAAAAGUUAAGUAACCUGUUAUUAUUUUUUAAUAAAACACUGUAAUUGAGAUAUCAAACUCAUCCAUAGUUCAUCAUGAAUGAGGCUAUUGACCAUCUUCUGUAUUGUCUUCUAUUGUAAGUUACACUGUAAACCCAGAUUUAGUUGUAAUUCAACUUUUAGUGCAUGGUUACUCCUUAUUCUUUCAUGUUUUGUUAAAAAACAUAUUCAUUACUAAAUCACAUUAGUUGUUUGUAAUAAUCAGCUUGAGUAUGCAGUGCACAGAUCAUAUUAAGUAGAGAUAACUAAGGAUGUUAAGUUUCUGUAUUUGAGGGGCGGGUCAUUUAAACUGUUCUGUGCUGAAGCGAUGCAAAGGCUCAUGGGAAAAAAUAUAUAUGCUCUGAACAGUUUCUGUCCUAGUUAAAGUGUGUUUAAAUAAUGUUCUGUUAAUGUUUUGGGUGUGCAUUUAUGUUAUCUGAGUUUUAGUUUUGUAUGGCUGAUUUAGUGUUCAUGUUUAAUCUACAUUUAUUGUUGCACCAUGACCGAGACCUGGGUGGGGACUGAUGGGGUCUGGGCAGUAAGGAAAGGUCUAUUAGAACACACA